AUGAAGUCCAUCCUAGGCAUGGCCCUCUGGGCCCUAACCCUCCUCAACCUCGCCCUCGGCGCCGAAGUCGUCCCCCGCGCAACCUUCACCGAGGUGACAGACUACGGUUCGAACCCGACAGGCACGCGCAUGUGGCUCUACGUGCCGCAGAACCUCGCCGCCAAGCCCGCCGUCGUCACGCCGUACACGCGCGACAACUGCUGGGACGUGGCGAGCAAGAUGACGCUGACGCAUGGCGGGGGCGGCGCGAGUAACUCCAUUGCGAAUAUGGUGAGCUUCGUGAUUGCGCAGUAUGGGGCGGAUAAGAGCAAGGUGUAUGCGACUGGUAUCUCGUCCGGUGCCAUGAUGACGAACGUCCUCGCGGCGACGUACCCCGACGUCUUCGCAGCCGGCAUCGCCUACGCGGGCGUUCCGGCCGGGUGCUUCAUGUCCGCGGACGACAUCCCCGACUUUUGGAACUCGACGUGCUCGACGGGCCAGUCCAUCUGGACGCAGCAGCAGUGGGCCAACGUCGUGAACAACAUGUACCCCGGGUACACGGGGGCGCGGCCCAAGAUGCAGAUUUAUCACGGCGCGGCGGACGAAACGUUGAACGUGCAGAACUACUACGAAACGAUCAAGCAGUGGACGGGGGUGUUUGGGUACUCUGCGACGCCGCAGUCGUCGGUGGCGGACUUUCCUAGGAGCCCGUAUACCAAGUAUGUGUUUGGGGAUAAGUUGCAGACUUUCUUGGGUACGGGUGUGACCCAUUCGAUUGAUGUGUUUCCGGAAGAAGACCUCAAGUGGUUCGGUUUCGUGACACCGGUGAGCUCGUCGGCUGCUGCGACGGUUCCUGCGACGACGAGCCGCGCAUCUACGACGCUGCGGACUUCCACGGCGGCAGCGACGACCACCACGGCAGCCGGAGGAUCCGGGACGGCACCUCAGUGGGGCCAGUGCGGCGGGAUUAACUGGACGGGACCGACUGCGUGCGCGAGUUCGUUCACAUGUGUCAAGGUCAAUGACUGGUACUCUCAGUGCCAGUAG